AUGUCGUCGGGAGAGACCCUCCGCUGCCGCAUCUGCGAACAUCCAGUCAACAGCGCAAAGGGCCUCCGUUCCCACUACUCCCAGAAAACACUCUGUCGCGAGCGCCUUGGCCUGAUUUUGGCAGCAGAACGGGCAGCGGUGAAUGCGUCUACACUGUCGCCAUCGCCAUCGCCGUCUCGAUCGCCGAUGGCUAUCGAUAACCCAUUCGACUUCGGGGCAAACCAGGCUGAUGCCCCAGCAUUUGCGCCAGACGAUGUCCCUGGACAGCCUCCGACACCGGCUGCCAGUGAUCAGCCCGCGCAAGUUAAGGACCUCGACGAUCCUGACAACCCUGACUCGCCGCGCUGGCGGGAGGAUUAUCCGGAGGCAGGGAAGAGAGGAGAGAAGGGGAAAAGUCGAUUCGAAGAGUUUCGUGCCGCACAAGCUGCGCUGGGCUUGCCGCCUUGGUCGCCGUUCGACAGCGAGGCGGACUGGGCUCUUGCACGGUGGAUGGUGGAGGUGGGGCUAAGCAAGCGACAGAUCGAAGCGUUCUUGAAGCUUGACAUGAUUAAGAACGGCGCAAAGCCUUCGUAUACAAGUGCUUAUACACUCUUCCAGAAGAUCGAUUCUCUUCCGAAUGGACCGGGCUUUGUGGCCGAAUUCCUCACAAUUACGGGUGAUUUAAUGGGCGAUGACGGGAAACCCAUGACGGAGGAGCUGGAAUUUUGGCAUCGCGAUGCGCUCGAAUGUCUCGAGGAGAUUAUGGCCAAUCCAGCCCACGAGAAAUCAACGCAUUAUGCGCCGCAGCACGUAUAUCGUGACGCCGAGGGAGAGGAUCGGGAAUACAGCGAGAUGUAUACUGGUGAUACGUGGUGGGAGCUACAAGGUCUUAUUCCUGUUGGCCAUACCGUCAUUCCGGUCAUCAUUGGGGCUGACGAGACGCAACUUUCUCGGUUCAGUGGCGACAAAAAAGCCUGGCCUGUCUACAUUGCGCCAGCCAACGUAGACUCCGAUAUCCGCCGAAAGCCUAGCUCACAUGCGACUAUUCUUCUUGGCUACGUGCCAGUCUCUAAGUUCCACUGCUUUUCGAAGGCAAAACGAGGUGCCGCACGAUAUCAGCUAUAUCACAGCUGUAUGCGCAAGAUGCUUCAGUCACUUGUGGCAGCAGGCAAAGAUGGCGUCAAGAUGCUCUGUCCUGACCAAUACUUCCGCGAUAGCCACCCCCUUCUUGUUGCCCAAAUAUCUGAUCAUCCGGAGCGUUGUCUGUCGUCCUGCUGUGCCGAAAACCGGUGUGAGUUUUGUACCGUUCCGGACAAGCAACGCGGAGGCACUGUACCAUUUCCCCCACGCAAUCCAGCUGAAACACUGCGCGUUCUACAAGAGGAGGCUGAUGGACUUAAACCUGCAGCCUUUGACGCGCUUGGGCUUCGCCGCACAGAUCCAUUCUGGAGCGACCUUCCUCACUGCAAUAUCUUCCGUUCUUUUUACCCCGACCUGCUUCAUCAGCUGCACAAAGGUGUAUUCAAGGACCAUACUGUUGCGUGGGCUACAGCCUCUCUGAACUACGAGUUUGAGUCGCAGAAAGAGGCUGAGAUCGAUAAACGAUUUCAAGCCAUGCCGGACCAUCCCAGCCUUCGGCACUUCCGCCAGGGCAUCUCACUGGUCUCGCAAUGGACGGGGAAUGAGCACAAGAACAUGGAGAAGGUGUUUUUGGGUGUUUUGAAUGGUACGGGCAACAAACAAGUUCUUCUGGCCGUCAGAGCAAUCCUCGACUUCAUUUAUUAUGCCCAUUUUGAAGCUCAUACCGAAGCAUCUCUCAAAAAGCUUGCUGAAGCUUGGCUCUCUUUCCACGAGCAUAAGCAAGUUUUCCUUGAUAUGGGCAUUCGAGAGCACUUCAACAUCCCGAAGGUCCAUGCAAUGUGGCAUUACGUCGCACUUAUCCGUCUCGGGGGCUCAACUGGAGGGUUCAGCACCGAACUCAGUGAGCGCUUGCAUAUUGACUGUGCAAAACUUGGCUACCGAGCGUCCCAACCGCAAGAACUAUAUUGCGCAGAUGGCUCGCUGGUUGACUCGACGCGAGUCAAUCUGGCGCUUCUCUGCCUAUUUAGAGAACCACUGGAUGAGGAGGACCUUGACGAUGAAGAGGAUCUUGGGACGGGGCAGGGUACCCCCGUGGUGGUCGACUCUGAUGAACAUGAGACGCCUACUAUCUCUGAUGUGCCACCCAUUCACCCUCCACCAUUCAAGGUGGCCAAGACAGCUCCCGUGGACUUCCUCCGGCAUCUUAAAUUGUUCAUGGAUGAGUACCAUAUCCCCCUUCCCGGCAAUUUCGACUCCAUUGCCACUAGGUUUCCGGUCUACAAACGUGUCACGGUUACUAUUCCGCCAGUUGUCCAAGUUUCCCGCACAUCAAUCCUUGAUCCCAUCCGUGCCACCCCUGUUGUUCCUGCCCAUGAUCUUCACAAAUCUGUUCCAGCUCAUUUUGACACAAUCUUGGCUUACAAAUCACCUCCUCUCCAGAUCUCUCGGCGUCUCAGUCUUGAUGGAUUAUUUCCAGCACGAGUCCGUGCAAUCUUUGCACUUCCUAUUGAGUAUGGUAUAUUCAAGGAGCCACUGGCCUAUGUUGAGUGGUACAAGCCACUGACAUCCAAAGAUGAAGUAUUGGGUAUGUACAAGAUUGCCCCUGCUACCAUCAACAACCGUCGCCGUGCUUCAAUCAUCCCAGUCUCACUUAUAAACCGGAGCUGUCAUCUUAUUCCUCGGUUUACCCAGCACAUCCAGCCAGGAUUGACAUCGGAGACAGUGCUGGAUGUAGCAAAAGAUUUUCUGUUGAAUCCAUAUCUUAGACAUAUUGACUUUGUCCUAUUGAGGGGAGUUGAAUAG